AUGGCGCAAGCUAACCCGUCUCCCCCCUCGAUGCUCCUUUUCCUUCUCCCGCAACACCGGGACGAGCGAUGGGAUCGGUCCGAAAGAUGCCAACGGCCGUUUCCUCUCCAUCAAAAAUCAAAAUUAUCACCUCUCAAAUUCCUCAACGCUCCUGCGCCUUGA